AUGGUAGGAACGUCCAUAUCAGCGAUUCAAUCGUUGAAAUUUUACAAAUAUCUAUGCCAGAAGAUUGGAACUGAAGAAGACGUGAAAAUAAGGAGACUGGCUUUUGUUAUUCGUGACAUUGGACACAAUGAUACAUUAAUAACUAGUGGAAGUAAAGGUGAAGGACUCAAUUUAAACGGCAGUGAUUUAGAUUUAAUGUUCAUUGAUCGUUGCGCUCAAGUAUAUGAAUCAGAAGAAGAAGUUGUAAUUGAAGGCAGAGGACUACCGUUCAUGAUGUAUACUAAGGACACACCACCUUGUUUUACACACUUAUAUCUUCUAACCUAUCAUCAAAAUCAAACACUUGUCAGUGUUUCUGUUUCACUUCUAAAUAUGUUAGAUAUAAAUCAUACGGGAUAUGCAUUCUCAAGUGAACAAUAUAAGAUAUGGCAUUUGUCAAAUUUUGAUGCAUCAUGGUCUUCACAAAUUCAUGGUCCGUGUAUAUCAGAUGGACAAGGGCAACAUGAUUUUGCAUAUUGUCUUAAAUGCGACACAUGGAUAAUCCAAGCACAGCCAUGGGUAAUUAGGCCUCGAACAACAUGGCCUUCGCCUGAACUUAUUUCGCAAAUAGUAUCUUGUGGUGUGUUAUUUGUUCCAAUUGGCUGCAAAGGAUCCAUAAAUGAAAACAUAGAAUGGCGAAUUUCAUUUUCUGUAGCGGAGAAAAUUCUUAUAUUUUCCUUUAGCCAUACACAAUUUUUGUGUUAUGCUAUGUUGAAAAUCAUGCUCAAAGAAAUAAUAGAUAAACAUGAGGAUUUGAAAGGGUUGUUGUGCUCGUAUUUCUUAAAAACACUUAUGUUUUGGAUUUUAGAAGAAACAGACCCAUAUUUAUGGACACCAGAUAAUUUGAUACGAUGUUUUAUGGCCUGUCUACAAAGAUUACUCUAUUGUGUAAGAUACUCAACAUUGUCGCAUUAUUUUAUUUCUGAUAAUAAUCUAUUUCUUUUACGAUUCAAUACUUCUAAUAGAGAAACAUUGACCAACCUUCUCAAUCAUUUAUAUGGUCAAGGAAUAAAUUGUUUUUCAUUUUCGCAAACCAUAAAAGAUUACCAAUGCAACAAAAACACUGACUCAAUGAAUAGCGAAUACAACAGAUUUUCAAAACAUUUUAUGCCAACAUAUAGUCAUAUUCUUAAUUGUGGUAGAGGUAUUAGCUUUUCUAGACUGCUGUAUGAUUUUCUACACCAUUCUCGAACUAAGUUAUCCAAAGGGUUUUUCGCAUUACAAAUAUCAGCCGCAUGCACAGCUAUUCCCGAAACAACAAAAUAUCAAUAUAGCUCAUCAAACAAACAGAGUUACUUUAUGUACAAACAUGAUCUUACUCAUUUAAUGAUCGGUUUGAAGUCAGAUGCAGUGUCAGGGUUACUGAUGUUAGCUUCUUUCUUCUACGUUAACAAACAUUACUUGGCAUCAUUAACUGUAAUAACAUAUACAUUGCAGAAAUACACAGACGAGACAAUUUAUCUAAGAAUUUUCAAUCAUGCUCCACUUUAUCAUAUUCAACAAUAUGUUGUAAAUCUGAUAAAUAAAGAAACGCUUUUUAUGAUUUUAAAAUUAUUAACAACUCGUUCCUUUCAAGUUGACCAAAACUCCGCAAUAGUUCCACAAGAACUACAACAAGAUGUUGCAAACAACUGUACCAUUUUUCAUCCUUUACCAUUUGCACAUUUCCUUAGCUUCCUAUGUUGCUACCAUCUACAUGACAUAUUAUCGUGCAGACAGUCUUUACAACAACUUCAAAAUGUUCAAUGGAUACUUUCAGAUGGUGGCAACUUUAUAUCACGUCCUGAUUCCUUAAAUACAGUCAUUAUGUGUGGCAUAGCUCAUCAGUUAUUGGGUGAUAUGCACUCUGCUAGCUAUGCUUUUCUAGAAACUGCUGAACGUGAUAAGAAUAAUGAAACAAGUGCAGCAUCAAGGCUGUACAAUCUGUUCUGA